AUGGCUUCCAACCCCCCCGUCGUCGGCCUCCUCGGCGGCGGUCAGCUGGGCCGCUUCCUCUGCGAAGCCGGAGCUCCCCUCAACAUCCCGAUUGCAGUCCUGGACGCCGACAACUGCCCGGCCAAGCAGGUCAACAGCAAUCGGCACCACGUGUCUGGCUCGUUCAAGGACCCGGCCAAGAUCAGAGAGCUGGCCGCCCACUGCGACGUGCUCACUGUCGAGAUUGAGCAUGUCGACACCCAGGUGCUCGAGGAGAUUGACACCCACGGCGUGCAGGUGCGCCGCGCCGACGGCACCCUUUCCACCAAGAGGGUCGCCGUCCAGCCCUCGUGGAGAACCCUGCGUCUGGUGCAGAACAAGUACGAGCAAAAGGAGUACCUGAAGACCCAGGACGUCCGCGUCGCCGAGCAGAUCCCCGUCGAGUCCGGAGCCGCUAUGCUUCCUUCCAUGGAGGCGGCCUCGGCCAAGUUCGGCUUCCCCUGGAUGCUCAAGGCCCGCAAAGAUUCCUACGACGGCCGUGGCAACUUGAAGAUCUCGACCCGGGCCGACCUGGACCGGGCCGUCGACGAGUUCGGCAACCUGUCGUGCUACGCCGAAAAGUGGGUUCCCUUUGAGCUGGAGCUCGCCGCCAUGGUGGUCCGUACCGAAGAUGACCAAGGAAACCUGAAGCGCGUGAUUCCCUUCCCCGUGGUGGAGACUGUCCACGAGGACAACAUUUGCUCCAAAGUGUUCAUGCCGCCGCGCGGUGUCCCCGAGCAUGUCUGCCGCGAGGCGCAAAGGGUGGCCGUGUCCGUGGUGGAAAAGCUCUGGGGUAGGGGCGUCUUCGCCGUGGAAAUGUUCCUCACCAAGGAUGGCGACAUCAUCUUCAACGAGUGCGCUCCGAGGCCGCACAACAGCGGCCAUGCGUCCAUCGAGUCUGUUCCUUACCUGUCCCAGUUCAAGGCGCAGCUGGUUGCCAUCCUCGACGGACCUCUGCCAGAAACCUUGGAGCCCCACGUCUCCUCCAGCAUCAUGAUCAACAUACUCGGGGGCGCCCGUCCCGACUCCCAUCUCGCGCUCGUCGAAAAAGCCAAGUCCAUGUACGGCAAAGGGAAAGCAGUCUACCUUCACCUAUACGGCAAGGAGUCCAAGCCUGGCCGCAAGAUUGGCCACGUAUCCGUGACCGGAGUGGGCUCCAUCAAGGAGCUGGAGGACUACGCCGAGCCUUUGCUCAAAAUGGCCGACGCCAUCCGACAAGAACGUCUGCAAGCCUCGAGCCAAGCCCUGAGGCCGGCAGCGGCCCCCGCAGCGCCCAGCGCCACCACCGGCUCCUCGAGGUCCUCGAGGUCCUCGAGCCCCCCCCUGGUGCUGGUCACCAUGGGAUCCGACUCGGACCUGCCCGUUCUGAAGGCCGGCAUCGACACGCUGAACCAGUUCAACGUGCCCUGGGAAAUAGACAUCACCUCGGCGCACAGGACGCCCGACAAGAUGGCGCAGGUCGCCAGAGGCGCCGCAGACCGCGGUCUCAAGGUCAUCAUCGCCGCCGCGGGCGGCGCCGCACACUUGCCAGGCAUGCUGGCGGCGUACACGCCGUUGCCCGUCAUCGGCGUGCCCGUCAAGGCAACCCACCUCGACGGCUACGACUCCCUUCUCAGCAUUGUCCAGAUGCCGCGAGGCGUGCCUACAGCAACAGUGGCAAUCAACAACUCGACAAACGCCGCGCUGCUGGCCAUCCGCUUCCUUGGCGCCUUCAUGCCCGAGUUGCUGCAGAAAAUGAAGGAGUACCAGGCAAACAUGGAGAAGGAAGUGAAGAACAAGGCAAAUAUACUGAGGCAAGGCGAUGUAGACGAGUAUUUAUCAAACAUGAGCAAAAAAUAA